GACGUAGCGCGCCUGCGUACUGGAUCCUGCGCGUCCUUUAGGACUUACCCAUCCGGCAACGCUUCUGUCUCGGGUCAAAAUGGCGAGCAGGCCUGCUGUUGCAGCAUCAAGCAAGUGGCUGGAGGGUAUACGAAAAUGGUAUUAUAAUGCCGCCGGGUUUAAUAAACUGGGCUUAAUGCGAGAUGAUACAAUAUUUGAGGAUGACGAUGUAAAAGAAGCCAUAAGAAGGCUUCCUGAGAACCUUUAUAAUGACAGGGUGUUUCGCAUUAAGAGAGCACUGGACCUGACUAUGAGACAGCAGAUCUUGCCUAAAGAGCAGUGGACAAAAUAUGAGGAGGAUAAAUUCUACCUUGAACCAUAUCUGAAAGAGGUUAUCCGGGAAAGAAAAGAAAGAGAAGAAUGGGCAAAGAAAUAAUCGUAGAGUCUAAAUCUGUGGAUGCAGCAGUCGUCAAACUAUUUUUAUGAACUUGGUUAAACCCGAAAUGUACAAUGUAGACCUAUCUGAGCUGUAAAUGUAUUACUUUAAAUAAAUAUCUAUUAUAAAUAUCA